AUGGAGAUGAAGAAUUUGGCCAUAGUCAUUACUAUUAUUAUUGCGAUGCAUAAUUGCAGUUUAAUAGCAGUGGAUGGUGGAGAUACCCUUUUAAUGGGUUCUUCCCUCUCAGGAAAUCAGACCAUUAUAUCAAAGAAUGGCACGUUCGCAUUGGGAUUUUUCAAUCCCAAAGGAACGAAUAAUUGGUACAUUGGCAUCUGGUAUGCGCAAGUCUCUCAGAAGGCCAUUGUUUGGGUGGCUAACAGAGAGAAUCCUGUCAGAAGCAUGCCCGGGGUUCUCAACUUUUCAAGCGACGGUCGUCUCAGAUUGUUUAACAGAGACGAUCAGUUUGUUUGGUCAACUGAUAAUGGCCGAAAAGCCUCAGGCGCAAUAUUAAUGGACUCCGGUAAUCUAGUUUUGCUGGAUGCCCACGAAAAGUCUGAGAUUGUAUGGGAGAGUUUUGCGCAUCCAGGAGAUACAUGGUUGGCGGGCAUGAAGAUGUGGAAAGGCAUGAAGUUAACUUCGUGGAAGAGCUCUGUGGAUCCUGCAAUUGGGCUAUUCUCUUAUGGAAUGGAUAUGUCCCCAGGAAAGUCACAGAUGGUGAUGAUCCAUAACAACAGUGUUACAUAUUGGUCCAGUGGAGAGUGGACUGGUAAUACUGCUACCAAGAUUCCGGAGAUGAAAGGUCAGAACAUAGUCGAAAUGUCCUGUGUGAGGGUUUCUCUUUCAAGAAUGUACUAUGAAUAUUUCAUAAACCCGACUUGGAAACCUCUCACGGCGCGGCUAGUGUUGCAGACGAAUGGAGAAUAUGGAACUUACUUCUGGAUGGGUGAUGGUAAAUGGACUCUGGUUUGGUCGACACACCGGGGUCAAUGCAGCGAGUAUGAUAUCUGUGGAGCUUAUGGAGUGUGCAAUGCGAAUGAUGUGUGUAGUUGUGUUGAGGGUUUCACGCCCAAGGAACCAUCUCAAAGCUGGUGGUCAAACGGGUGUGCUCGGCGAAGACCCCUGCAAUGCUCUAUCGCAAAGGGAACUACCGACGGCUUCCGGGAAGCCAAGAACCGAUUCUUGCCCGAAAAAGAAGCAGUCAUAUACAAUGAGCCAACACAGAAGAGUUGCCGGACUGCUUGUCUCAACAAUUGCUCCUGCACAGCCUUUUCUUUCGCUACUUCUCAUCCUUUCAUGUGUAGACUGUGGUUUGGGGAUUUAUUCAAAAUGCGCGCUUCAUCAGACGGUCAAUCAGUCUUUAUUAGACUGGCCGCUUCUGAACUGCCGCAUUCGACGUCAAAGCGAAGCAGCAAACCUCCAGCACUUAGAGUUGUACUUGCUGCUACUGGAGCCGCGUUCUCUGUCAUUUUGGCUCUCCUGUUGGGCGUCUUUAUUCUUUGUAAACGUCGAAGGGCGCGGAAGAAAAGCAUUGAACAGGACGUGCCAACGUCGCUCAAAGCAUUCACUUACAAAGAGCUGCGAAUUGCAACCAAGAAUUUCAAGCAUAAGCUGGGGAGCGGAGCAUUCGGCUCUGUGUUCUCAGGAGUUCUGCCAGACAACACGCUUGUAGCGGUCAAAAAACUAGAAGGUUCUGUCGGAGCAGAAAAGCAAUUUCGUGCAGAAAUAAGUACCAUCGGGAAAAUACAGCAUGUAAAUCUGGUGAGGCUCUGGGGAUUCUGCGUAGGAGGUUCUCGAAGGCUACUGGUGUAUGCUUACAUGCCCAACGGCUCUCUAAAUUCUUUUCUUUUCCACAAAGAGGGGGAAGUAGAGAAGUUGUUGGACUGGAAGACUCGGUUUGAAAUCGCACUGGGCACUGCGCGAGGAUUAGUUUAUCUCCAUGAAGAAUGCAGGGAUCGCAUCAUUCAUUGCGAUAUUAAACCUGAAAACAUUCUGCUGGACGGUGACUUUCACCCCAAGAUAGCUGAUUUUGGGUUGGCAAAGCUGGUAGGUAGAGAUUUCAGCCGCGUACUGACAACCACAAGAGGAACUCGUGGGUACUUGGCUCCCGAGUGGAUCUCUGGCCUUCCUAUCACUCCCAAGGUGGACGUAUACAGUUUUGGCAUGACGUUGCUGGAAAUCAUAUCUGGUCGUAGAAAUCUGGAUCUGAAGGUAGAGGAGAGCAGGUUGUACUUUCCUACCUGGGCUUCAUGUCAAAUUCAAAGAGGAAACAUAAUAGGCGUUGUGGAUGCAAGGAUAGCUAGUGAGGCUAAUAUAGAAGAGGUGAGAAGAGCCGCCAUGGUUGGGGGACUAUGCAUUCAAGACGAUGAGAAUCUGAGGCCGAGCAUGGGUGAAGUGGUGAAGAUAUUGGAAGGAACGAUGGAAGCUCCUGCACCACAAAUUCCGAGGUCUCUACAGGUGCUGGUAGAUCAGCUGGAUGACUACGAAAGCCAUACGUUUGAUCGACAACCAUGGACAUCAAGUGGUUCCAUACCGGCAAUGAAUUAG